CGCGGUGGCGGGCACGCGCAGCCGAGAAGAUGUCUCCGACGCCGCCGCUUUUCAGUUUGCCCGAAGCGCGGACGCGGUUUACGAAGUCUACCAGAGAGGCUCUAAACAACAAAAAUAUCAAGCCAUUGUUGAGUACCUUCAGCCAAUUACCUGGCAGUGAAAAUGAAAAAAAAUGUACCCUUGACCAAGCUUUCAGAGGUGUUCUAGAAGAAGAAAUUAUAAAUCACUCAUCAUGUGAAAACGUUUUAGCUAUUAUUUCUCUUGCUAUUGGGGGAGUAACUGAAGGUAUUUGUACCGCCUCUACACCUUUUGUAUUGUUGGGAGAUGUUUUGGAUUGUCUUCCUUUGGAUCAGUGUGACACAAUAUUCACUUUUGUGGAAAAAAAUGUUGCUACUUGGAAAUCAAACACAUUCUAUUCUGCUGGGAAAAACUAUUUACUACGUAUGUGCAAUGACCUCCUGAGAAGAUUAUCAAAAUCCCAGAAUACAGUCUUCUGUGGACGAAUUCAGCUCUUUUUGGCCAGGCUUUUCCCUUUAUCUGAGAAAUCAGGUCUUAACUUGCAGAGUCAGUUUAAUCUGGAAAAUGUUACUGUUUUCAAUACCAAUGAGCAGGAAAGCACCCUGGGUCAGAAGCACACUGAGGAUAGAGAAGAAGGAAUGGAUGUAGAAGAAGGUGAGAUGGGAGACGAUGAAGCUCCAACAACUUGCUCCAUUCCAAUUGAUUACAACCUGUAUCGAAAAUUCUGGUCACUUCAGGAUUACUUCAGGAACCCUGUGCAAUGCUAUGAGAAGAUUUCAUGGAAAACUUUUCUUAAGUAUUCUGAAGAAGUUCUAGCUGUCUUUAAGAGUUAUAAAUUAGAUGAUACUCAGGCCUCCAGGAAAAAAAUGGAAGAAUUAAAAACAGGAGGAGAACAUGUAUAUUUUGCAAAAUUUUUAACAAGUGAAAAGUUGAUGGAUUUACAACUGAGUGACAGUAACUUUCGUCGACACAUCCUGUUGCAAUAUCUCAUUUUAUUCCAGUAUCUCAAGGGGCAGGUCAAAUUCAAAAGUUCAAACUAUGUUUUAACUGAUGAGCAAUCACUCUGGAUUGAAGAUACUACAAAAUCAGUGUAUCAACUACUAUCUGAAAACCCCCCCGAUGGAGAAAGAUUUUCAAAGAUGGUAGAGCAUAUAUUAAAUACUGAGGAAAACUGGAACUCAUGGAAAAAUGAAGGCUGCCCAAGUUUUGUGAAAGAAAGAACGUCAGACACCAAGCCAACAAGAGUAGCUCGCAAGAGAACAGCACCAGAAGACUUCCUAGGGAAAGGACCCAACAAAAAGAUUUUGAUGGGAAAUGAGGAGUUAACAAGGCUUUGGAAUCUCUGUCCUGAUAAUAUGGAAGCUUGCAAAUCAGAGACAAGGGAAUACAUGCCAACUUUGGAGGAAUUUUUUGAAGAAGCCAUUGAACAGGCAGACCCUGAGAACAUGGUUGAAAAUGAAUACAAGGCUGUGAACAAUUCAAAUUAUGGUUGGAGAGCCCUGAGACUAUUAGCACGGAGAAGCCCUCACUUCUUCCAGCCAACCAACCAGCAAUUUAAAAGUUUGCCAGAGUAUCUCGAAAACAUGGUAAUAAAGCUAGCAAAGGAAUUACCACCUCCUUCUGAAGAAAUAAAAACAGGUGAGGAUGAAGAUGAGGAAGAUAAUGAUGCUUUACUGAAGGAAAAUGAAAGCCCUGAUGUUCGACGAGACAAACCUGUAACAGGGGAACAAAUAGAGGUGUUUGCCAGUAAACUAGGCGAGCAAUGGAAGAUCCUGGCUCCCUACUUGGAAAUGAAAGACUCGGAAAUUAGACAAAUUGAGUGUGACAGCGAAGACAUGAAGAUGAGAGCUAAGCAGCUACUGGUCGCCUGGCAAGAUCAGGAGGGAGUACAUGCAACACCUGAGAAUCUGAUGAACGCACUGAAUAAGUCCGGAUUAAGUGACCUUGCAGAAAGUCUAACUAAUGACAAUGAGACAAAUAGUUAGCUUCUUUCUUGUUUUUUUUUUUUUUAUUAAAACUGUGAUAAGAUUUUGUUACCAAGCAGCAUUUGAUAAGAGGUCCAAUGGUUUUGGUAAACAAUAAACAUUUUUAUAACA